UGUCAUAGACUGAGCGUAAAAGUUAAUUUUAUUAAUUGGAAACUGUCAAAUUUUUGUGAUAGAUGAUCUCUAAUUCAUUCAAACGACUUCAGACUCUGGAACGUGACCGAUAGGUCACCUGUUUGAGAGAAUAAAAAUAUCUACGACCGAUACAGGAAAAAUGUCCGUGUUCAGAUUACUGUUUCAAUGUAUAUUUAGUCCAAGGCUCAAUAAGAUUUACGAAGUGGGCCCAAUUGACAAAGUUUACGAACCGAAGAAUUUGGAGCGAUGGGGAGACCAAAUACUAACUUCUUUUGGCCUGAUGUGGUCCUUUGGUCUCUACGCGAUGCCAUUCGUUUCUACUUUCAUGUAUCGCCGUAGCCACCCUUUAGCUGACCAGGUCUACGGCUUGUCGAAGAUGGCUGCAGGAGCUGGAAUAGUAUUAAUCGCGUCAUUGGUAGCACGUGGUUAUUCUCGAGCCUCAAAUCCAAUAUACGUUGAGUUUAUUAGGACCCUGAACAAGGCAAAGGUACACUAUAGUUCUGACAGUAAACAGCAGCUGCUUAAGUACGACUUUGAAUUUUGGGCCUGGCCAGUCGACUUUGAUAUCAACACCGAUGUCAGUGACGGAGGUCGGAAAAAGCACCUAGUCAUUGUCGGCAGAAAUGAGAGCGCCCGGGGUAGUAGAGAGCUUUUGAUGGCGUUACCGUGCAGACUGCUAUCUUAUAUUCUUGCGCAUACUUUUGCCUUAAAGCUGAUGUAUCCUGGAAGUAUUUCUAUUUUGAAUUAUGCUAUGGGCUCAACGUUGCUGCAAGGUAGAGUUGAUCUAAUAAAGAAAGGUGGAGAACGGUCCAAACUAGUUACGGCUGAUGGAAAUGCCAUCGACACCAUGUUCGUCGACCAGCGCAACAAAUCAGAUAACGGCAAUAUUCUGACUAUAGCGUGUGAAGGAAAUUGUGGAUUUUAUGAGAUUGGAAUCAUGGGCACGCCACUGAGCAAGGGUUAUUCGGUACUAGGAUGGAAUCACCCAGGAUUCGGGGGAAGCACGGGUGCCCCAUAUCCAUCGCAGGAACAGAAUGGAAUCGAUUGUGUGAUCACCUAUGCGAUAAAACAUUUAGGAUUCCCAGAAAAUCAGAUAAUACUCUACGGCUGGAGCAUCGGGGGGUACACAGCGACCUGGGCAGCGAUGCAUUAUCCCUCCAUUUUAAGCCUGGUUCUGGACGCCACAUUCGAUGACGUUCUACCCCUAGCGAUUUCGAGGAUGCCGAAGCCGCUGGAAGGUCUGGUUCGUGCCACCGUCAGAGAUCACCUAAAUUUGAACAUAGCCGAACAAUUAGUCAGAUAUCACGGUCCAGUCCUUCUGAUCAGAAGAACCGAUGACGAAAUGGUUUGCGUCACCGAAAGCCCGGAUGUUUCUGGUACAGAAAAUACGGAGGAUAACAACGUCGCGUGGAAUCGCGGCAAUCAUUUGCUAGCUAAAUUAUUAACGCGUCGUUAUCCAUAUUUGCUGCGUGGCUCGCCUGAAAUUUCGCUCCUCAGAAAAUUCCUUUCCGUAUCGAGCUCCCACGCUCGCAGAUCUAUACUCGACCAGACGGGAGUGGACGAGGACACAUGUCUUGAAAUGAUAAAGCAACACUUGAGUCUGCACAACGGAGCGGUUGCAUAUCCCUCCGACUUUGGGGCAGAUUUUGAACUCCCCGACAGACUCAGACUCACUUUAUUUCUAGCGACAAAAUACAUGAAAGAUCAACACUCCCAGCAUUGCACACCGUUGGUCAGGGAGCUUUUUCACACCGGUUGGGACCCUGCGUCUCUCGUCAAGACUCCUUAGUCGAACGCACCUUUGGUUAGCACAAUUCACUUCGCCGUCUAUAAUUUUUACAUGGACGAAUCUUUCAAUUCAUUUUGGACGUCGGUAGCUAUAAUUUAACACAAAACUCUUGUUACGUUAUUCUUAUUUAUCGAGAUUCAUCGACUAUUUUUUUACGUAUCUCCCACUCUCUAAUGAAUAGCGUGAAGUAGUAUUCCAGAUCACGUUUCGAGAGUUGCGCCAGUAUUUUAAAGGGUCGUUGUCAUUGACCCGCUGAAAGUUGCCGCAUACCCUCUCAACUGUGCGAUUCGAUCUCUGAUGCGCUUCCGGUACUUAGAGGUUGUCAAAAGUAAAAGAUUAAAAAACAAAAUAAAAACUAUAACAAAAGGGGGUCUCGGGUCCUGCGGUUUAAUUCAUGUAUGUGUUAUUUGAAAUAAAAUGCUUUGAUGAAGUUUCCAUCCAAAAAAA